UCCGUGUGCAUCUCGGUUGCCGGAGCGGCGCGGCGGCGGAGGGGUGGAGCAGCGGGAGCAGGAGGGGGCUCGGCCGGGGCUUUGGGUGUAGCUCUAUCUGGUUGAAACAGAAUUGGAGAAAAUUCGUUUGGGCCUCAAGCCGUGAUUCUACUACAUUUCCCAUGAUCCCUUGCGCCUCAUUCACCGGAACCGGAAGCGUAAAGGCGGAAGCAUGCGAAGAGUGAGCCGGCAGCCCUGUGACGAUGGUCCUCUGCUGGAGGAGCAGGAGACGGAGGGACAGCGGCAGCUGCACAGCCUCCUGCUGCAGCAGCUUCACACUGACGUGGACUUCGAACGAUGUCUAGCCAAAAAGAAGUGCUUCGCCCCAGCAGCGCUCUAUAAGCCGUUCGGGGAGCAGGCAGCUGGUGUGAGGAGCCUGUCCCAGUUCCAGGCCCUGCAGAACGGGGAGAAGGAGCUGGCCAGUCUGCGGGAGCUGGGCCUCACUGAUGCUGAGAUCCAGGUGUGGCAGACCAGAGACACAACAGAGGCAAUGGAGAAGUCCCACGGCGUGUGCGUAGCUCCGGGGGCGAAGCAGCAGCGUCUCCAGGUGAUCAGAGACAAGAUUGAAGCGAGGGACGAGCUCCUGGCCCGACCACAGCGCUUCGCCACCAGCCAGCCACUGUCCCGCCGGGAGAUGGAGAUCGAACAAGCUCUGUUCCAGGGAAACGAGCGGCUGGGUUUUCUCACCGCACUUUACCACAGAGGUAUUGAAGAGGAAGAAAACCCCGAUGGACAACAGCAGGCGACGUCCUCCAAUCCGAUAGACACUCUCUACAGAGACGUUCUCAGUGCGGAGGGACAACGAGCGUCUUUACAGGACUGGGAGGAAGAACCAGCACAAGUGACCGCACACAGAACUUUAUCUGACCAAUCACAGACCUCUCAGACAGAGAACGACCAAUCAGAAGACAGGACCGAGAAUCCAUCAGCACCGAAGGAUGAAAACAGGAGAUCAUCAGACCAACCAGAGUCCAGUGGAGACGCCUCAGAGCAGCAACACAAACAGGAGCCAACACGACCAGCACCCCCGACAGAGAUAAAGAUCAACCAGCCAAUCAGCAGUCUGGAUGGAGCUGCGAAGGCGGGGCCAGUGACUCUCAGAGGAAAGAUCGAGGCGAUCACAGACGAGGAAAUCCUGCAGAACCGUGAAUCUGAGGUCGGGAUCCGGAGCAUCCCGAGGUUCCGAGGCUACCAGCCCGGAAAACCCUCCAAGGUUCUGUGUGUGAAGAACCUGAGUGCACAGGCGUCCGCGGCCCAGCUGGUGGCGCUGUUCUCCAGGUUUGAGCCGGAGGGCGGGCCUUCAGUCGUUUACCGCCUGCUGACGGGAAGGAUGAAGGGUCAGGCCUUCGUCACUCUAACAGAUGCUGAAACGGCCCAGAAUGCUUUGCGGUUGAUCCAUGGAUACCGGUUGCUAGGGAAACCGCUGGUGGUCGAGUUUGGCCGAGAGCGACAGGAGGAGGAGACACAGAAGAAGGAAGAGCAGCAGAAGGAGGAGAAUAAACAGAAGAAGGAAGAGCGGCAGGAGGAGGAGAAUAAACAGUAGAAGGAAGAGUGACAGGAAGAGGAGGAGAAACAGAAGAAGGAAGAGCAGCAGGAGGAGGAGGAGAAACAGAAGAAGGAAGAGCGGCAGGAGGAGGAGAAUAAACAGAAGGAAGAGCGACAGGAAGAGGAGGAGAAACAGUAGAAGGAAGAGCAGCAGGAGAGGAGAAAUAAUUAUAAUUCAUAUAAUACAUCAAUGAUACAUCAAUACAUAUUUAUUUACUGUAAAAAGUUGUCAUCUUCUGCAGUUUGGUUUUUAAUAAAUAUUUGUUUUAUAUCAAACUUAAAAUGAAAUAAAAUAACUUAUCUUUUUUA